AUGACGAGCCGCGCCCUGAUCCCGCUUCUGGUGGGCAUGAUGUUGUUGACGGGCGUGUGUAAUACCCUCCUCACCAAAUACCAAGACAUGCAAUGCAUCGCCGACUGCGAUACCAAACAUCCCAAAAUGUUCGAGCAGCCGGUCCUGCAAACGCUUCAAAUGUUCAUCGGCGAGAGCGGGUGUUGGCUCGUUGUCUUCCUGUCCUAUCUCUUCCGCGUCGUCCGAGGGAGUCAGUCACGAUCUUCYCUCGACGAUGCGGCAUAUCGGCCCAUUCACGAGGGACCAGCCGCCGAUGACUCCGACGACGACGACGACGAGGAAGCGAACGCGAACAUGACUACUUCACAAACACUUGUGGAUCCGACGAAUGUAGUGGCAAAGUCGUUGAUUGAUGGGGAUGGAAUCGAGAGGCAGCCGUUGGAGGGUUGGAAAGUGACGCUUUUAUCACUACCGGCAAUCUGCGAUAUCUGCGGGACAACACUGAUGAAUGUGGGUCUGCUCUUCGUUGCGGCUUCCAUCUACCAGAUGACUAGAGGGGCUCUGGUGCUCUUUGUUGGCUUGUUCAGCGUUCUCUUCUUGAAGAGACAUCUUUCGGGCUGGAAGUGGGCAAGUCUGUUCAUCGUCGUGCUUGGGGUUGCUGUGGUUGGACUGGCUGGUGUUUUGGCGAACAAGGGAGGCCCCCCAGCAUUACCCGGCGACGACAGUGUUCUUGAGAAGACUUUGCUUUUUGUGAGGCAGGAGAUGUCUACCUUUGAAGCUCACACCGCUGCCGAGACUGUGCUGGGGUUCUUCUUGAUUGCCGUGGCUCAGAUCUUCACCGCAACACAGUUUGUGCUGGAGGAGAGCAUCAUGGAACGCUACUCCAUGGAUCCAAUCCAGGUUGUCGGGUGGGAGGGAGUAUUUGGCUUCCUGGUCACCUUGAUUGGAAUGGGAGUGCUUCAUGGAGCGAUUGGCCAAACCCCUGCAGGUCGAGGAGGCUACUUUGACGCUCGAGAGGGCUUUCACGAGAUGUYCCACAAUCCUGCUAUCGGAGUCACAUCACUGCUGAUCAUGAUCUCCAUUGGUGGCUUCAACUUCUUCGGCCUCAGCGUUACUCGCUCCAUCUCUGCAACAGCUCGCUCGACUAUCGAUACCUGUCGCACGCUGUUCAUCUGGCUUGUGAGUCUUGGUCUCGGCUGGGAGACUUUCAAGUGGUUGCAGAUUGUAGGCUUCGCGCUGCUUGUUUGGGGCACUGCUCUUUUUAAUGAGAUUGUGCAGCCUCCAACUCUUGCGUUCUUGAGAGGGCGGAAACGUAGGGGUGUUGCUCUGGAAGAAUAG